CUUCCAUUGAAGGGCGGCUUGGAAAUGAUUUCUGCUCCGUCGCGUGUAGUUCAUCCCAUGGAACGCAAGCUGACUGAAUUGCCCAGUGCACAGAAGAGACAGAGACAAAAUCAGCAGCACAUGACGGAAAUCACAACGCCCAUCUGCGUCGAGACAGAAAUUGCUCAUCGGCCCUUUUCUGUUGCGUCUCCUCCAGAAGCAAAGGUUUUCUCAGAACACAGCGUAAAAGAUUAUCAGAGUCAUGUGGUGAGCGAAGUAAAUUCCAAUUUCCAGCAACAAGAGAUAAAGAAGCGUUACAGAGGAGUAAGGCAAAGAGCGUGGGGUAAAUGGGUUGCAGAGAUCCGAGACCCAAGGAAAGCAAUUAGGGUUUGGCUGGGCACUUUCUCCACUGCAGAAGAAGCAGCCAAAGCCUACGACGAGGCCGCCUUAGAAUUCAGGGGAGCAAGGGCCAGAUUGAACUUCCCAGAGACAGCAUCUAUCAACCUCCAUAAUAAGUACACUAAUGCCUCUCUCAACUCAAAUCAUAAGGACGUUUUCGUUGAUGGCAGUCUGGAGAUUUCACCUGCAACCUCAACAUUAACGGACACUUCUUUCUCACCAACCUAUGAAAUGUCUGCUCUCUCGGAAUGCAGUAGCGCAAUUCAACAUGUCCCUGGUUAUUCUGACUUCACCCACGCCUCAGAAUGUUCACCCCAGUUAUUCCCUGAACUUUAUGACAAUGCACAGCAUGAUGUGGAGCAAACAAAUAGUUUUCUUCCUUAUGAUGUUUGUCAACGAUAUUCUGGUUUUACAAGGCAGCAGCAACGCCAGCUGGGUGUAUAGUUCUUUCCAUGCCAGCCAGGCAAUUUAUAAGGAUGCACACAGAUCACAGGAGUUUAUCGUAUCAUCUAUAGCGGCAGAUGU